UCUCUCUCUCCUCUUUCUCUCUCUAAAACCUUCGUUCGAUGCAGCGAGCGAGCUCCGAUUGGAUCCCCACCACCCCUUGGUGGGUCGAAACCCUAACCCUAACGCUCCCACAACACUCUCCUGCCCGCUGAACGCUCGCCCACCACCACCACCAACCCCACCCCGCAUGGACACCGAGAGAAUCACCCCAAUCUCGCGAGAAAACCCUAGGAGCUUCCCCUUCAAGCCCAUGCCCAAUGACCUCGUCCCGAAGCCGCUGCCCCCGCCGACGGUCGUGGAUCGGUUCAGGGCCUUGCUGAAGCAGCGGGACGAUGAAUUCAGGGUCUCGGCCGACGAUGGAGCGUCGCCGCCGCCGCCGCCCAGCACCGGGGAGGUCGUGGCGGUCUACGAGUCGGUCUUGUCGGAAUUGAUAUUCAAUUCGAAGCCAAUCAUUACCGAUCUGACGAUUAUAGCCGGAGAGCAGCGGGAGCACGCCGAGGGCAUUGCUGAUGCGAUCUGUUCUCGGAUUAUUGAGGUCCCUGUUGAGCAAAAAUUACCAUCACUAUAUCUACUGGAUAGCAUUGUUAAGAAUAUUGGGAAAGAAUAUGUUAGGCACUUUGCGCCCCGGCUACCUGAGGUCUUCUGCGAAGCUUAUAGACAAGUCGACCCUAGCCAAUAUGGGGCCAUGCGCCAUCUAUUUGGCACAUGGUCAUCUGUUUUUCCACCAAUGGUCCUUCGCAAAAUUGAGUCGGAACUGCAAUUUUCUUCUUCAGCUAGUAAUCAUCGGUCUGGCUUGUCUUCCUCGAGGGCUUCAGAAUCUCCUCGACCAGCUCAUGGCAUUCAUGUCAAUCCAAAGUACGUGCGUCAGUUGGAACAUCCAUCUGCUGAAAGUGUUGGAGGUGAAGCUACUAGGUUGAGGUCGACAGAAAACAUUAUUCGUUCAUCCUAUCCCCCCAGGGCGAAUAAGCUUCAUCCAUCUCCCAAUGCUGCUUUUACAAAGACCUUGUCUCCUCUGAGAAGAGGAACUGAUAUGACUUUCUCUGCAGAAACAGAUGAAUUUACACCUGAUAGCACAUUGAGGAAAUAUGAUAGGGCAUCUCCAUCUCACACUGCCUCUGAAUAUGACCUUGCAAGAGCGGUAGGUAGAGAGGAGCAGUCAACUGAUUGGCAAAGGAAUCACUUUUUUGAUGUUGGUCGAAAGCGUUUGGGAAGUUCUGCUGCAAUCAACCUCACCAAUGGACGCAAUCAUAUGAAUCCUAGAGCAUUGAUUGAUGCAUAUGGAGAUGACAAGAGGAAAACUACCUCCAUCUCUAAGCCCAACCAAAUUGAGCACUCGGACAUCAGAGGAAAGGUGGCUCCCAUGUCAUGGCAAGAUACAGAAGAGCAGGAGUUCAAUUGGGAAGAUAUGAAUCGCAGUUUGGUAGAUCGUGGUAGAAGUAACGAUAUAGUGCAAUCAUCUGUUCAACCUUAUGGCGGGUCAAUAGCUAGGUUGGGAGGCAGGUUUUCUAGUCUGCCUCCUGCACCAGCACGAGAUGAUCCCUCUAUUUAUUGUGGAGAUGCUUCUAUUAUGUCCGGUCCUGGAUCAGCUGAUAAAAUGACUGGACUUCAAGGCGAGACAAAUAAAAUUGCUAGUUCCCGCUAUUCUCAGAAACCAUUAAAUUUGUCAACACACACUUCCCAACAAUUCUUUAAUAGGGGAAGAGUUUCCAAUUUACAGACAGUGUCUUCAGCUGGAGGCAUGCAAGUAGGUGAUGAGAAACGGAUUCCUGGUUACAGAAAGCUUCCCGUUGCUAAACAAGUUGACAGGACUAUCCCACCAAGGAUGGAUUCUUCCACUUUUGAAUCCACUUAUGCUGCCAAUCUCCCCACAUCAACUGGCACUUGGCCUGCAACUAAUGUGCAUAAGUCUAACUCCCUUCCCGUUCGGGCUGUACUUCCCCUGCAAAAGCAGUCUACUGGCCCGGUCAUUAUUUCAGGUCCUAGUACUGUUGCAAAUCAAGGUGCAAACCACCCUCUGCUUAUGGUUGAACAGAAACUUGAUAAGUUUGAUGGCAAGGAGCUACUUCCUACUACGAAGUUAUCAUUACUCAAUCAGCAUGGUGGGUUCAUGCCACAGAAUCAGCAAAAGAACCAAGUGCGAAGUACUCCAUUUCAACCUCAGUUUCUCCCCAUUCAGGAGGAUCAAGAAAAAGUUCUCCCAUCUUCUGCAGCAAUUGUGUCAUCUCAAAUGAUAGCACCUGGAUUAAAUUAUGGAUUUCCAGGACAAGGUCAACGUCCAAUUUUAUCCUCAGUGCAAGCAAAUAUGUUGCAAAUAGCGCAAUCUUCUUUACCAAUCCAAAACAUCCCAAACAACAUGAUGCAUUUUCCGGGUGGAUCCUUGCCUCCCCUGCCUCCAGGUCCUCCUCCCGUCCUGUCGCAGUCAUUACCAAUGUCACAAAUUCCCACUGCAGGUCUACCUAAUAAUUUAGGCGGAAGUGGAUACACUGGUUUAAUCAGUUCUCUCAUGGCUCAAGGGUUGAUCUCACUAACGAAUCAGACCCCUGUACAGGAUUCUGUUGGCGUUGAUUUUAACAUGGACCUUCUUAAAGUUCGUCAUGAUUCUGCAAUAAGAGCCCUGUAUGAUGAUCUCCCAAGACAAUGUACAACAUGUGGCUUGAGGUUUAAGUUUCAAGAAGAGCACAGUAGCCAUAUGGACUGGCAUGUGACCAAGAACCGAAUGUCUAAGAAUCGCAAGCAGAAACCUUCACGGAAAUGGUUUGUAAGUACGAGCAUGUGGCUCAGUGGUGCGGAGGCAUUGGGAGCUGAGGCAGUUCCUGGGUUUUUGCCUGCUGAGAGCACUGAAGAAAAGAAGAGCGACGAAGAAAUGGCAGUUCCUGCUGAUGAAGAUCAAAAUGCAUGUGCAUUGUGUGGGGAACCUUUUGAUGAUUUCUAUAGCGAUGAGACAGAAGAAUGGAUGUAUAAAGGAGCUGUAUACAUGAAUGCACCUGAUGGUUCGACUGCUGGAAUUGAUAGGUCUCAGUUAGGUCCAAUUGUACAUGCUAAAUGCCGGUCAGAAUCUAGUGAAGUAUCCCCUGGAAAUUUUUCCAAAGAUGAAGGGGGAACUGCCGAAGAGGGUAGUCAAAGAAAACGAUUGCGGAGUUAAUCAGACCAGUCUGUCUGUCUUCUGUAAUACUAUUUCUGUUUGUUCGGUCAUUGAUCUUAUUCUACUGUAGUGUUGGAGCAUGGGAGAUAGAUAGGCUUCAUGCUGAGAAAUCUUGUACAUGUAUAGUUCAAGUUGUACCAUGGCAAUCAUAGUAAAAGGUCGCAAUCAUCUCUCAGUGUUUACUUUA